UACUGUUAGGGCUAUUCGGUAUCCUUGGCGCGUCCCUACCCUAAAUCCUAACCCUGACCUUAACUCCUACCCGUAUCCUAACCGUAGCCAUAACCCUUACCUAACCUUAACCCUUACCGUAACCGUUUAAAAUAUCUACUUCAAUGGGUGACGUCAGUGUCGGGACGUCCCAUGGAUCCCAGAUAGCUACGACCAUAUUUCAACCUGCUUUUAACCCAUUUUCGGAAGCAGCAGAAGUCUGGGAGAGUUGAAAAUUUGACAGGACAAUGAAUAUCAACAGACUUAUAGCUUUAUCUAAAUCUGUUACAUUUGGAAAGAUUUUAACAUCUAACGCAAGACAUGCGACGAAAGAAGUCACCUUACCUCACCGAACCAUCAGAACUCAUGCUAGGAAGCUGGGCUACGCCAAGGACCUGUUCCUUGGCAAAGUAAACAAAGCAGAGUGCUUUCCCUAUCCAGAGAUUGGAAAUGAAGAGCUGGAGGAGAUCAACUCGUUUGUUGCUCCGGUAGAGAAAUUCUUCGCUGAAGAGGUGGACUCCAAGCGUAUCGACCAUGAAGCUAAGAUUCCUCCAGAGACUCUGAACGGACUGAAGGAGCUGGGACUGUUCGGUAUCCAGGUGCCUGAGGAGUAUGGUGGCCUGGGUCUGUCCAACACCAUGUAUGCCCGACUAGGAGAGAUCAUCUCUCUGGAUGGAUCCAUAGCAGUUACACUGGCUGCCCACCAAGCCAUCGGACUCAAGGGGAUCCUGAUAGCCGGUAGUGAGGAGCAGAAGACUAAAUAUCUCCCCAAGCUGGCUUCAGGAGAACAUGUAGCAGCCUUCUGUCUCACUGAGCCUGGCAGUGGGAGUGAUGCUGCGUCCAUUCAGACCAAAGCCACCCUAUCAGAAGACAGGAAAACAUACCUGCUCAACGGGUCAAAGAUCUGGAUCUCCAACGGGGGGUUUGCAGACCUGCUGACGGUGUUUGCUCGUACGGAGGUGGUAGGAGAGGAUGGAGUGAAGAAAGAUAAGAUCACUGCCUUCAUCGUAGAGCGAGCCUUCGGAGGGAUCACCAGCGGAAAACCAGAAGACAAACUAGGCAUUAGGGGGUCUAACACAUGUGAAGUGUCGUUCGACAACUGUCCAGUCCCUGUGGAGAAUGUAAUAGGAGAAGUAGGAGGAGGCUUCAAGGUAGCGAUGAACAUCCUCAACUCUGGCAGGUUCAGUAUGGGCAGCGCCGGCUCUGGAAUGAUCAAGAAGCUCAUCGAGAUGACAGCAGAGUACGCUGGCAGCAGGAAACAGUUUGGUAAGAACCUCAGUGAGUUUGGGAUGAUCCAAGAGAAGUUUGCAGUGAUGGCCCAGAAUGCAUUUGUGAUGGAGAGCAUGGCGUACCUGACGGCUGGGAUGAUGGAUCGACCGGGGGUCCCUGACUGUUCUCUAGAGGCUGCUAUGGUUAAGGUGUUCAGCUCUGAAGGAGGCUGGAUCUGUGUGUCUGAGGCUCUGCAGGUUCUAGGAGGGCUGGGCUACACUAAGAACUAUCCCUACGAACGCUACCUCAGAGACUGCCGUAUCCUGCUCAUCUUCGAGGUAUCACACAAAUACACAUGUAUAGAUGAAGUCAUAGUUUCCCUGUCCCCUAUUCUCUCCCAGGACAGUGCCAAGAAACUGGAGCAGAACGUGGCCCAUUUUGGCUCCACAGUGGAGAACCUGCUGUACAGAUAUGGAAAGACGAUAGUAGAGGAGCAGCUGAUCCUGAAGCGUGUUGCUGACGUCCUGAUCAACCUGUACGCCAUGACAGCCGUCCUAUCACGAUCUAGUAGAUCUAUCUCUAUAGGGCUCAGGAACCACGACCAUGAGGUAAUACUGUACUAUACUAUCACAAUUUUGUUGAUAUACAGUGUUGUAAAAAAGUAUUUUGUGUGUAGGCUAAUGAAUGUUAUUUCUGUUCCAGACUCACCUGAGAACCAAGAUGAGAACAUUAAGAAGAUCGCCAGGGAGGUUCUGGAGAAGAGAGCCUAUGUCUGUUCCCACCCUCUGGACAGAACCUUCUAGAACCUGAACAGAAUAACAGAACUCUGUGACUGGAGGAGACAUGGUGUCCUAUUGCCUAUGCAGUGCACUACUUUGGGCCAGAGCCAUAUGUAGCAACCUAAAAGUAGGGCACUGUAAAGGCAUUAGGGGGCCACUAGAGACUGACCUCGGGGUCCUGUGACCCUAAAGCUCCAUCCAUGGCUACAUGCCUCUACUCUUGUAUUGUGAACGAGCAAUAACUAACUCAGUUCUGAAGCAGCUCUUGAUAUGAUGUUAAUUUAAUUCUGUAUAUCAUUUCUAUCUAUGAUUGACUAUAAUGAGCUUGUUUUACUGAUGGUACUUUGGUUGAAGUGAACAGUGGUUGUAGAUUACUGGCCUUUCUAUUAAAGGGUUUUCUUCAUCCAAA